CUCCUCGUGGGGGAGAAGGGUCCAGGAGGCACAGCGGGCCAGGCCAUGCCUAUGGCCAGAGUGCCUGAAAGGACGCUGGCUUGGGUGUCCAGCAGCUUGGAGCAGGGUUCAAGCCUGGUGGUGGGGCUCAAGGGGCCCGACUGAGGACACUGAGGGCAGAGCAAAGGUCGGGGAUUUGGCCAGGACUUGUCCCAGAUACUCUAGGAUGUCCCCAGUGUAAGACCCCAACUUACAAGGAAACGGAUGUUAUUUACCUGGAACAUCUCUCUGAAGGGUCAGGAUUAACGACACUAUCUUGAAAGUUUAAGUAAUUCCCCAAACAGCAAAAUGAUAAUUAACCAUAAAACAUUAAGAUAGCAUGUAUUACAUUCCCCUUCUCGUUGUUCAACACUUUACGUUGCAACAGUGUAAAAAUGGAGUCGAACUUUCCAGCUUGUGUGCCUCCAGGAAGACCGCACGGCGUCACAGGGACUGUUGUGAUUCACACCACUCGUCCUAGAAUGAGUGGACCGAGGCGGCUGCACCAUCUCCAAUCCGUCAUUCCCCGUCCAGUGAUUAAAUGGCACACACGCUGCUCUCAAGAGCCCCUUGUUUCUCUGCUACUCCAACAACAUAGUUUUAAAAAAUAAUUUUGAAUAAUCCCCUUGUUUGGAAGCUUCCAGCAUGUUAGACCGCCAGAUAAAUGGUCUGCUUUGUGCCAUGAAGCCUUGUGAAGUUCACUGUCAAACCAUGUGCCCUGACCCUCAGUUUGCAAAACAUGAUCACUGACUGAAGCCACCGUGGGUAACGGCCAGCAAACCCACGGCAUAUGGUGGUGCAGGUUGUGCACUGCACAAGGGCACCUGUCGGAGAAGGCAAGUUGACCAAAAUCGAAUCUGUACCCUUCUUGCUGGUCCAUGUGCCUUGGUAAAGAGCUGUGUCUGCUGAGAGAAAGGAGUACCUUUUUCCAAUUUUCCCAAAGUGGGUACCUGCUGGCCCAGCCAUGUGCCCACUGAGCUGCUUCCACCUCGAAGGAACCCCCAUUCACUUUACACGAAAACACCAUCUCUACUAGCUGAAAUUUUGUUGGUCCGGCCCGGGUAGGGAAGCCCUGGUCCAGAGCUCAGGGCCAGAAUCAGAGCCUGCCGCCUUCCCCCGCCCGGUGCCCGGCAGAUCCAGGGGAGCCUGUGCGCCUCGGACCAUCGGGCUGGCAUCUCACGGCGCGGACAGCACUUAGCCAGGGGCCAGUCGGUCUCCAAGUCUGAUUUGCAACUCAGAAUCCUUUUCCGGCAGGAAAAAUACAGCUGAUGCUUGAGACUCUAAGUCAGCCCUUGAGAGUCUCGUUAGCGUGACAUGGGCUGGGCUGAGGACCCCGUGGGUUGUCAGCACUCAGAACACGGCCUGGCACGAAGUCAGUGAUCAGAAGAGGUUUGUUGGCUCGAUGCAUCAUCUGACCCGUGGUUCUGAUGAUCCUAACAGGACACUCCCCGGAAAACUCACUAACAGCCUCUGAAUCUCUUUGGAAUUGUGUUGCUUCUUUGGGGGAAGUUCCCCCACUGCGUGAGGGAGAGGAGCCCAGAGUCCCCAGGAGCAUCCUUCCUCCUCCUCUCCACCCACCCCGGGCCACAGUCAGGCCAAGGGGGCAGGGCAGCAAUAGGAACCUGCUUUUCUGGGCACCCCCCGCCCCCCAGUCUCCACUGCCAUUGCCAAGUGUUGUAAAGAAAGAAGGGAAGUCGGUAUCGCAGGAAACAGUUCUUAGUCCCCGAGGGCCUGGGUGGAGUUCACCCUUGACUGGGACUGGGACUUAUGUGGAAGAGGACCCCAAGGAGCCCGAGCCAUUCCUGGAGCUGGAGGAAGAGAUGUUGGAGGCCCCCCCUGGCCACUUGUACUCGGCACCCAGCUCCUGCCAGGCCCGCUGCCACGAGGCCUUCGACAGGCACCAGCCCUGCCACUGCGAUGCCCGCUGCCCAGAGUUUGGGAACUGCUGCCAGGACUUCGAGGGCCUCUGUGGCCACCACGAGGGCUUCUCCUACAGCAGUGAUGCCAUAACCAAGGAGGAGCUCCAGAGCAUCUCUGAGAAGAUCUACAGGGCGGACGUCAACAAAGCCCAGAAGCAAGACAUCAUUCUCAACAGCCAAAACCGCAUCUUGCCCUCGGAGACCAGAGACCAAGUGGACCGCUGCCCGGAACCGCUCUUCACGUAUGUCAACGAGAAGCUGUUUUCCAAGCCGACCUACGCGGCCUUCAUCAACCUCCUCAACAACUACCAGCCGGCCACGGGCCGCGGGGAGCGCUUCAGCGCGCAGCAGCUGGCCGAGCAGGAAGCCUUCCUCAGGGCGGUCAUGAGGACUGCGGUCAUGAAGGAACUGUACGGCUUCCUCCGCCAGCAGAAUCGCUAUAGCUUAGAACAGGAGUUUGUCAACGACUUGAAGAACAUGUGGUUUGGGCUCUAUUCAAGAAGCAAUGAAGAGGAGGACUCAAGUGGCUUUGAACACGUCUUCUCAGGUGAAAUCAAAAAAGGCAAAGUCACCGGCUUCCAUAACUGGAUCCGCUUCUACAUGCAGGAGAAGGAGGGCCUGGUUGACUAUUACAGUCACAUCUACGAUGGCCCUUGGGAUUCAUACCCCGACGUGCUUGCCAUGCAGUUCAACUGGGAUGGCUACUAUAAGGAAGUGGGCUCAGCUUUCAUUGGCAGCAGCCCUGAGUUUGAACUUGCGCUCUACUCCCUGUGCUUCAUUGCCAGGCCAGGAAAAGUGUGCCAGUUAAGCCUGGGUGGAUAUCCCUUGGCCAUCCAGACCUAUCCCUGGGACAAGUCCACCUAUGGAAAUGGCAAGAAAUACAUCGCCACUGCCUAUGUGGUGUCUUCUACCCAAUAGAGCUUGGAGCCAGCUAGGGGCAUGAGGGCAGUGAAAGUUCUUGCAGGACUCAGGUGCUAUCUGCUCUGGGCUGGAGGAGGAUGGAGGAGACUGGAGGCAUUCCCAAGUUUAGAAAUGCCCUUAGAAUUGAGAGAAAAGACACAAAAAAGAAAAAUGCAAACAAACACUCAAAUCUUUGUGCUCCAGCAUUUUGAAAAUAGAGUCUACACAGAGAAGAUGGGAGCCUUCUGUAGCCCUUUGCCCAGAUGGGAAGUGAAACCAUGGACGAGUCCUCAUAUUUCCUUUUAAUGUAAAGGGAAGCGGUGGGCUCUCUUUCCUCUUUUUUGGAGUUGGUGAGAGGGCAAACCUGAUGAUAUCGUUACUGUGAAGGUGUUUUCAAUUGUUCUUAAGAAGAACAGCAGAUAAAAAUUCAAGGUUACUAUAAUGGCUGUUAUCAUACACAGCUCUGCAAACUGCAAUUCAGCCCUGUGUUGGGGCCUCAAAGAACUCCGGUCAUGGAAAUCAAGCAGUGGGUAUUUGGUGUUUUCUAGGGUUAUAUCCUCUCAGAACAGGGUCUGGGAAAAUUCUCAUGCUUGAUGGAGAGGAUAAUGGGUUGACACAGUGAGUGAACUUGGGAGGGAGUGAACUUCUCCAGGCCUGAGUGUUUUUGCGGCCAGCCCAAUGACUGCAUCAAGAAGCUUCCUACUUGUAGAUGUUUAGUGCAGGUACAGAGGUAUAUUUUGAUCCCACAUAUUUUGUGAAAGAGUUCCCCAAAUAGGAGGAACAUUUUGCAUCAGAAGGAAGGAACUUAUAGCUUGGUGACGUUAACAAUUACUUUAAGGCUUAUCCAGAAGUCAUAAUUUGGUGGAAUUACUUUGGAGUUAAAGACCAGGGAGAGUGGGGUUCCCUGUUCCAACCUCAAUUAUGCAUUUCUCCUCCCCUGACCUCAGGGAGAACUAGAUGCUGUCCCACAGAACUAGGCUGGAACUAUGGUUUACAGAGAUUGAGUCUCCAAUUAAAGUCAUUAAGAAAAGUUGAAA